AUGCAAACAAAAUCGAGGCUUCUGGCCGCCUCAACAAAAGUUUUGGUCGUCUAUAUCGUGAUUGUGUUGUCAAGUUAUGCUUCGGCUGAGUCUACCGAUGCAUCGAAGAGUAUUGCAACAGGAAACGGCCUUCUAUCUGCUACAGCAGGCAUUGUGUCAGGGUUUACCAUCACAGCUAAGGACGAAUCUGGCGUCCGAAGAACCUCGGGUGGUGAUGAAUUCAUCGUCGAAUUGGAAGGCACACGAUCGAUAAGUGGCUCUGUCACUGACUCAUUAGAUGGCACGUAUGAUGUAUCCUACACUCCGACAAAGAGCGGAAACUACGAAGCAUCUAUCACCUCUGACAAGCUCUUUACUGCUUCUCAUGUGAAUGGAAGCCCCUUAACGAUCACUGUCAAUCCAGCUUUGACGGACUUUGAUACAAGCAUUGUCUUUGGAGAGGGCCUAUCGAUUGCAACAGCCGGUGUGACUUCAUCCUUCUCAAUUCAAGUGAAGGACACUUUCAACAACCUCAGAUUGCAGGGUGGCGACAAUUUCACUGCACAGCUCAGCAAGUCGCUUGCACCAAUCGUUCUAUCUGCAAGCAUCGUCGACAAUGCAGACGGUACCUACCAAGUCUCAUAUCUUCCAAAGGUCGAGGGACAGUACAACCUCGGGAUUUAUCUUGGCACUGACCAAAAGACUUCAAGCGUCUAUGUCGAGCCGGGCGUCAUCUGUGCAGCGAUGAGUGUAGUGAACGGAUUAUCACUGACAAUUGGCACUGCUGGCUUCACCGCAUCCUUCACCAUUCAAGCAAAGGAUUCGUUUGACAACGUCAGAACCCUUGGAGUUGACAACUUCAUCGUGAGGUUGAAUGGCCCAGCAACCGAAGAACACAACGUCCUUGCAAGGUACCUCGGUGCUUCUCCCAACACGAAUUUGGGCCGUUGGACAGUGGCCUACCGUACAACAAAAUCUGGAAACUUCGGUAAGUGUUUCAUAAAAGUAUGCUGCCUUGAUUGA